AUGAAGGAACUCUUUACAGCAGAGUGCAAGUUCAAAGAGUCGGUGUUUGAGAACUACUAUGUGAUCUACUCGUCCAUGUUGUACAGACAACAGGAGUCAGGAAGAGCUUGGUUCCUAGGGCUCAAUAAGGAGGGCCAAGCCAUGAAGGGGAACCGAGUGAAAAAAACAAAACCAGCUGCUCACUUCCUGCCCAAGCCAUUAGAAGUUGCCAUGUACAGAGAGCCAUCGUUGCAUGAUGUUGGAGAGACAGUGCCCAAGGCGGCAGUACCUCCCAGUAAAAGCACAAGUGAGCCAGCGGUGAUGAACGGAGGUAAACCUGUCAGCAAGCCCGACAAGCCCACCACAUAGCCACA